CGAUUAUAAGUGACAGCCUCACGACCUUCACCGUGUUUCCAUUAGAUCCCCUCCCGUGUCGGAUGCAGGGCUCCAUCGUCGCUACAGCGCCCUGCUUGUUUAUUCCUGCGGCAGCAGCGGCCAUUCUUGGACGACAGCGCAGAAGAGCACCAAGCAGGCUGCCUAUACGUAACUGAUGUCUCAACAACAAGCACAACAAACACUGCCCACUGCUCCAGACUCUCCUGCGCUGGUGGUCACCUCCAAUGUGCAGAAAUAUGCUAUUAAGAAGAAAAAGGUCCUCACUGCCGAAGAAGCAGAGCUGUUUGAGUUAACUCAGGCUGCAGGCAUCACCAUUGACCAAGAGGUCUUCAAGAUCAUAGUGGACCUGCUGAAGAUGAACGUGGCUCCUCAGGCUGUUUUCCAGACUCUGAAGUUAAUGUGUGCAGGCCAGCGAGUGUCUGAUAGUUGUGGUGGAGGAGAUUCAGCUUCAGUUGGCAUAACCACAGCACCGGCAGAGGCCAGAGAUGAGGACUCUUUGGUCUCUGGAAAGAGCCCAAAACUUCCUGCAGCUCCUACCUCAGCGUCUGGGCCCAGAGCCACUAGGGUCAACACUAAGAUUGUGGUUUACGGCCCCCAAGACUCUAGUUCUCCUCACUCUCAAGUGCGCAGUAAAGCAGGCGCGAGCCACAGUGAGAAAACUAGGGAGGCCUCCAGUCAGCGAGUGCAGCGGCAGUCCAGUGCCACCAGGGGGCAGAAGACCAAGAGUUCGGGCAGCAGUAGUUCCUCCUCACAGAAAAACUCCACAUAAGAUUGGUCAGUUUGAGGCCAUUUGUAAAUAUAAACUCAACUUUGUGUUUAAUUUAUCUUCAUGUGUAGCCUGUUUUAAGGUUGGUUCACUCUAACUUUAAAAAAGAAAAGAGAGACAUUUUUGAUUCUGUUGGAUCUGUAUCACUAUUGACGAAAUAUAACAUUUAAAAGAAGAUUACAAAAUGUCCCAUCUGAUCUGUUUCAUCCACAAAUGUCACUUUUUUAUUGGUUUAACAUCGUUCCACUGAAAAGUGUUUAAUAGAAAGUGAAUACUUGAGAAAAUAAAAGGAAAACCUUGUGUUUGACUGGA